GGGUAGCACCUCUAAAAAUCCACAAAUCAGCCGAUCCACUACUUCCGAAUCUGCCAAUUUUUCGUCAGUCAAUCAGGGACAUUCGUCGAGACGACGUCACCCACCAGUACCCCUUAAAAAUCUUCACGUUAUACUCUCAUUUCCCUCGGGACUUGUGUUUAUUCAGUGAAACUACAAUCAACUAUCCAAUUUACAUGUGUUACGCCAGUUGCAUCAGUUAGAAAUUCAUUUCUAUGAUUUGUUCAAUAAUUUUCGUGAGUUUAGUGUGGACUUUCAUUACUGGAUUCUAAUCCCUGAAAUUUGAGUUUGAGAAGAGCAUUGAAACAUGCAUGGAAUCUGGGAGUCAGCAGAGGCUCUAGUAGUAACACCGAAUCAGCAGCUACAGCAGCCGUCGAGGAUGAUGGAGGAUAAUCAUCCCCUCCAUUCGCCAACCCCGCCUGCUUGGGGUAUCGCGGAUAGUACAGUGAAGGAAGAGCCGACAGACGACAAGAACAACGACUCAGGAGUCUCCCCAGGCCACUACACAUCAUCGAUUUCUCCAGGAAGCAGAAGGUCCUCGUUCACAGCCACCGGCAGUCUCUCUCCGGGAAGUGUAGAAUCCGGUGAUUCACAGAGUAACUUCAAGAGCUUCACAUCACCCCUGGAUUUCUCCAGAGUUCCAGGACUGGAGGAUCUUGCUAAACAGACUAUGAUGCAUCGACCGAUGGACGUUGGAAACAUGAAUGCUGGAAGCGAUGCGUCGGAGGGGUGUCAGGAUCAUCUGCAGUGCCCUGUUUGUCACUUCACAACGCAAGACAGAUUACAGUUUCGUGAACACCUGACAGGCCACUACGAGAGCAACGAUCCCACAGACUACCCCAACGCACUUUAUCCCCAGGUCUCUCACUUGAACAACUCCCAGCUGAGCCCAAUGGACGACAGCAAUCGAGCAUCACCCAUGUCAGGUUCCGAACGCUCCGAUCAGGAUUGCGAAGAGACAGAUGAGCCUGGCAUUCGCACUCCUCGAGUAAACUCCCAAGGUAAAGUCAAAACCUUUCGCUGCAAGCAAUGCAACUUCGUAGCUGUGACAAAGCUCUCCUUCUGGGAGCACACUCGAGGUCACAUCAAGGCCGAGAAGCUCCUCACCUGUCCCAAGUGUCCAUUCGUCACGGAGUUGAAGCACCACUUGGAGUAUCAUCUUCGAAAUCACUUGGGCUCAAAGCCUUUCCAGUGCGACAAGUGUUCGUACUCGUGCGUCAGCAAAUCUAUGCUCAGCAGUCACUUGAAGUCUCACUCUAAUGUGUACCAAUACAGAUGUGCUAAUUGUCCGUAUCGCACCAAGUACCAGCACUCCCUGAAAUUGCACCUGAAGAAUCGCAAUCACGAGGCAGGAAUGGUCCUCAACCCAGACGGCACACCAAAUCCCCACUGUACUAUCGAUGUCUAUGGUACGAGGAGAGGACCCAAGGCCAAGCCAAUAGCUACCAAACCUGAAGAAACUCCUGGCAAUCCUCAGAGCCUCCAGAUGAUGCCCCAGAUGGGAACAUUGACUCCAUUGUCCAUCAAUAAUGGAUUCAACCCGAUGAUGGCAUUCAAUCCCUUCAACUCCAUUUUCUCUGGUUUUCCAGUUGUCAAUGGGUUCGGUGGAGAUGAUGUGGAUAAAAUGGAGGGACUCAAGGCUAAUAUCCUCGCUAAGUAUGCCACAGCUAUGGUCGCUGACAGGCUCAAUGCCAAUCUUCCUCGAGAUGUAUCCAAUUACGGACUAUCUGAGAAUGUGAGCUGUGGGGAUGAUGAUUAUAAAUCCGAGGGGGUGGCGAUGAUUAAGAAGACGGAGGUGACCAGCGAGGGAAAGAGCGACUUGGGAGCACCUCUCGAUCUCAGCAAACCGGAAAUUUCGGUUAAUAAUAAUAAUAAUGAGGAUAAGGAGAUGCAGGAGAAGAUUGAAAAUUCGCCGAGGACCGGUGCGAAGAGCAAGCGCAAGGGGAAGGCUCUGAAGCUCAAUAGACAGAUUGUCGAGAGUGAGGAGGAGAAGGAGGUGAUUUCUGAUGGUGGUGAUGCACAUGAGGAGGUGAACGAGGAGAAGGAGAGAUCGGAGAAGAGACUCAAUGGUGGAGGUUCUUGCAGUGAGUUCACAUGUCAAUUCUGUGAAAUUGUUUUUGGAAAUGAAGUGAUGUACAGUGUACACAUGGGGUAUCAUGGAUUCAGCAAUCCGUUUACUUGCAACAUGUGUGGACAUGAGUGCGAUGACAAGGUGUCAUUUUUCCUGCACAUCGCCAGAGUCAAACAUGCGUAGAGGAGGUGCGGGGAAUAUUUUGAAGAGUCUAUUAUUUUUGGUAGAAAAUUGCUUUCAUCAGUUCACUACUGAAACGAGAUAAUUAUUGAAUUAUUAAAACGCAGCUUGAGUCUUUGCGUUCUAGUCAUUAACGUCGAGGGACACCUGAGAGGGUCCUGGGUACUCGAGUGCAAUUAUUCCCAUGAUCAAUGCAUGGUGACUCAGAACCUCUUUAGUCUCAACCAAAAAUGUAAAUAUUGUAGGAUAUUAUUACAAAUAACACACCAUUAGAUUGUUCUUUUGUAUCAUCUUUCGAUGUUUAAAAAUAUUAAUUACUCCAAUUGAGUAAUUAAAAAGACAAUUCUCGAAAUGAAUGGAUUUAAAAAGCCAAUAAUUAUCUUUUAGUUUUUUUCAAUGGCAUUCAAUCGCAGAAUUAUUACGAGUCAUAAACUAUUUUUCUAAAUGUAAAAUUAAAAAUAAAAUUGAUCAACGAAAAAUGUUGAAGAAAUGUCCAGAGAAAUUGCCAAGUCGUGCCGUUUGUAAAUAUUUUAAAAAUCCAAUAAAACGUGGAUCGAUUAUAAAUAAAUAUUUCACUUAAAUAUAUUUCACAGAUUUAAGAAAUUUAUUAUCACGAGUACUAAUUCAGUCCUCCGAAUUCUACUUUUCUGGUCUCAUCCAGGAUGAUGAUGUCAAUUAAAUAUUCAAUUAAUCGCCAAUAAUAAUUGAAUCAAAAUUAAUUCGAGGAUCUAAUAAAGAUCAAAUAAAUUGUAUACGAGAGAGUCUUGCGUGAAUAACGGUGCGUCGAUGAAAAAUCGAUAAAAAUCGCUUUUCUGAGCUAAAAAUCAAAGAAACAUUGUGAGAUAAUUCGAUUUGAAGAAAUAGGAUCAAGGGCUGCGAA